AUGACAGGGUACGCGAAACAAGCCAUUAAGUUGAGUUCAGUGACCGAGACGACUGAAGAGAAUGUCGUUACUAUUGUCGUCGGCGAGUGCAAUUUCAGAUGUCUUGUGGACGAGAAAUCGACCAAGUACGUUGUGGACUUGCAGAUGGAGCCACAGCUUGCUUCCGAGCUGGGAUUCUCCCUGCAUCCGCCAUGCGUUCCACUGGAGGUUAAAGCAACAGGAAAGCUGUUCGUAUCUACUAACUGCCAGGAGUACUGCUAUGGCAGAAAGCCGAAGGACGUGAGCGAUGGAACUUUGUGCGUUAUGGACUGGAUUACAACUGCAACUCAAACGCAAAAAGUGUUGCGGACUGGAGCCUGUUGGAAUGGAUUAUGCACGGAAGUUCAUGACGUACCAUGGCGACAUCCCCACGGAUGUGUUGACAGAAAUAUCGUCGUCAAUGGAAAGACAAUAGCUGACUCCUGUGUCUCACAUUGCAACCAUAGAUGGGCAGAGAUCAGAGAAGAUGGAACGCUUUGUGCACGCAUUAAAACAAAAAAAUUAUUUGGAAAGACGAAGGUGGACACGAUAGGCGUUUGUCAACAGGGAUUGUGUUCGUCUAUACGGUUGUCUAAGAAAUUUACGCCGGCUGAAGUUACCACCGAUGGCUGCACUUCACCGAACGAACUAUUGGAUUAUUCGAUAACUGUCGCAAAAACCUGCAAGAUGACUUGCCCAAACGGAAGUACCCGAAACCGUGAUGAUGGGACAAUGUGCACGCUGGAACACUCAUCCGGUCUGUUUACGAGACAAGUCAGUACCGUGGGAGUAUGUGCAAACGGUACAUGUAUUAGAAAGAGCCUAUUUCAGCACAAGCCUCAUGACCCCGCUGACGUGGGUUGUCGUGUCAAGGACUUUGAGGUCGAAAGCGGGGUAUUCGUUGCAACAAAAUGUAUGGCCUCGUGUAGGCACAAGAGAAAGCACGAAGUUCCUAACGGAACCCCUUGCCUCAUGUAUUUCCUAAGAAAAUAUAGCUUCUUGUGGAAAAGUGAGAAAACAUUCGGCCUCGGCGAAUGCCAGGACGGACACUGCGUACGGGGCAGGCACAGCCGUAACAUUACUUUUUAUUGA